ACGCAGUUCAUUUUUAUCGAAUCUGAAGAAACGUUUAUUUUUAAGAGCAAUACAGUCAUCUUCAAAAAUAUAGUUCAAUAUAAGUUUGGACACCAUUUUGUACGCUUGUACUCUGUCAUUGUAAUAUCCAAUAAGUUAUUUUUAUUUUUAUAAUUAUUCAAGACUCCAGUCAUUAGAAUUCAUCAUGAUUCAUCUCACAGUUUACUGCAUUCUUAUCGCUUACAUUGUCUCGGUAACUUGUCAGCCUUUAUCCGAGUCGCAUCAAUAUCCAACAGCUUACGAUAAAUCUGGUCACGAAAUUCCCGCUGUGGGGAUCCAGGAUGCUGCCUACUUGGUCAGAUUGUUAUCAAAGUUAGCGGACUGUAAGCUGGAGGACAAUGAUGAAAAUACAGUGAAACUUCGCACGGAUUUAGAACAACAAUAUGCAGACAGAUUAGUAGCUAUCAAUUUAUCCGAAUGGGUUCCGUCGCAUAUCAAAGCGAUAAGAGAAAGUAGAAAAGAAAAAUGUUCAGUGAUGGGUUGAACGGUUUCAGCUUAUGAAUGUCUUGGGAACGAUUAUUUACCACAAUUACGCAGAAAGUUCAAAUUUCUGUCAUGUUUAGCGAGGAUUUUUUCUACAAUUUUUUUUAUAAGGAAAAUAAAUUUCAAGCAAUAGCCGAAAUUGGAACUUAUAAUGCCAUCUUCCACAAAUAAAUUGUUUUUUUUUUGUCAAUAACAAAGUCAUUAACUAUCAUUAGUAUUAACACGUCAUCUAUAGAUAAAACUUAUCACUUGAAACUUCAAGUCAUUGUGGUUUAUAUUUUUUGAAAUUCACAUUUUCAAUAAUUAAUUGUCAGUUACUAAAAAUCUGUAUAAAAAUUUUAUUAAUGGUUUUCUCUAAAUAAAAUCGCCGAAAGUUCAU